GGCAGCCGGGCUCUGGGAGCCAGAUUGCAAAUUCUUCUCCGUGACUCAGUCGGCUCCGCGCAGCGCAUAGUAGGCGGCAGCGGCAGCCGAAGCGGAGACUACGGAACAGCAGAGCGCCAAGAUGGAGUACGAGUGGAAACCCGACGAGCAGGGGCUUCAGCAGAUUCUGCAGCUGCUCAAAGAAUCGCAGUCCCCGGACACUACAACGCAGAGAGCCGUGCAACAAAAACUGGAACAACUCAAUCAGUAUCCAGACUUCAACAACUACCUGAUAUUUGUUCUCACAAAGCUAAAAACUGAAGAUGAACCAACAAGAUCACUAAGUGGUCUUAUUUUGAAGAAUAAUGUCAAAGCUCACUUUCACAACUUUCCUAAUGGAGUAACUGACUUCAUUAAAAGUGAGUGCUUAAACAAUAUUGGUGAUUCCUCUCCACUAAUCAGAGCCACUGUAGGUAUUUUGAUUACAACCAUUGCCUCAAAAGGAGAAUUGCAGAACUGGCCUGAACUUUUACCAAAGCUUUGUAGCCUGCUUGAUUCUGAAGACUACAAUACUUGUGAGGGUGCAUUUGGAGCUCUUCAGAAGAUCUGUGAAGAUUCAGCUGAAAUCUUAGACAGUGAUGCUUUAGAUCGUCCCCUUAAUAUCAUGAUCCCUAAGUUUCUACAAUUCUUCAAACAUAGCAGUCCAAAAAUAAGGUCCCAUGCGGUUGCUUGUGUCAAUCAGUUUAUCAUCAGUAGAACUCAAGCCCUUAUGCUGCACAUUGAUGGAUUUAUUGAGAAUCUGUUUGCAUUGGCUGGGGAUGAGGAGCCUGAAGUACGUAAAAAUGUUUGUCGGGCUCUGGUAAUGCUUCUGGAAGUUAGAAUGGACCGUUUACUUCCUCAUAUGAUUAGUAUUGUUGAGUACAUGCUGCAAAGAACUCAGGACCAAGAUGAAAAUGUGGCUUUGGAAGCUUGUGAAUUCUGGCUGACUUUGGCUGAACAGCCAAUUUGUAAAGAUGUAUUGUAUCGGCAUCUUACAAAGUUGAUACCUGUCCUUGUAAAUGGUAUGAAAUAUUCAGAAAUAGAUAUCAUUCUGCUGAAGGGAGAUGUUGAGGAAGAUGAAGCAAUUCCAGAUAGUGAACAAGAUAUAAGGCCUCGGUUUCACCGUUCACGAACAGUAGCUCAGCAACAUGAAGAAGAUGGUAUUGAAGAAGAGGAAGACGAGGAAGAUGAGCUUGAUGAUGAUGACACUAUUUCUGACUGGAAUUUAAGGAAAUGUUCAGCUGCUGCCCUUGAUGUUCUUGCCAAUGUAUUCCGUGAUGACCUGCUGCCACAUAUUUUGCCCCUUCUAAAAGAAUUGCUUUUUCAUCCAGAAUGGGUGGUGAAAGAAUCAGGCAUCCUUGUUCUAGGAGCAAUUGCUGAAGGUUGUAUGCAGGGUAUGAUUCCAUAUCUUCCCGAGCUAAUUCCUCACCUUAUUCAGUGCCUGUCUGAUAAAAAGGCUCUUGUGCGCUCCAUUACUUGCUGGACUCUUAGUCGCUAUGCACAUUGGGUAGUCAGUCAGCCCCCAGACACAUACUUGAAGCCAUUAAUGACUGAGUUGCUAAAGCGUAUCCUUGAUAGUAACAAGAGAGUACAAGAAGCUGCCUGCAGUGCCUUUGCUACUCUAGAAGAGGAGGCUUGUACAGAGCUUGUUCCUUAUCUUGCUUAUAUACUUGAUACUUUGGUAUUUGCAUUUAGUAAAUACCAACAUAAGAAUCUGCUCAUUCUUUAUGAUGCCAUAGGAACUUUAGCAGAUUCUGUAGGCCAUCAUCUAAACAAACCAGAAUACAUCCAGAUGCUUAUGCCUCCAUUAAUCCAAAAAUGGAACAUGUUAAAGGAUGAAGAUAAAGAUCUUUUCCCUUUAUUAGAGUGCCUGUCUUCGGUUGCCACUGCCUUGCAAUCUGGCUUCCUUCCAUACUGUGAACCUGUCUACCAGCGCUGUGUGAAUCUGGUACAAAAGACUCUUGCACAAGCCAUGUUGCAUAAUGCUCAACCAGAUCAGUAUGAAGCUCCAGAUAAAGAUUUCAUGAUUGUGGCUCUUGAUUUACUAAGUGGUUUAGCUGAAGGACUUGGAGGCAACAUUGAACAACUAGUGGCUCGGAGCAAUAUUCUGACACUGAUGUACCAGUGUAUGCAGGAUAAAAUGCCUGAGGUACGACAGAGUUCUUUUGCCUUGCUAGGGGAUUUGACCAAGGCAUGUUUUCAGCAUGUGAAGCCCUGUAUUGCUGAUUUCAUGCCAAUUUUGGGAACAAACCUAAACCCCGAGUUCAUUUCUGUGUGUAACAAUGCCACAUGGGCAAUUGGAGAAAUUUCUAUUCAGAUGGGUAUAGAGAUGCAGCCUUACGUCCCAAUGGUUUUGCACCAGCUUGUAGAAAUCAUUAACAGACCCAACACACCAAAGACUUUGUUAGAAAACACAGCAAUAACAAUUGGUCGUCUUGGUUACGUUUGUCCUCAAGAGGUGGCCCCCAUGCUACAGCAGUUUAUAAGACCCUGGUGCACCUCUCUACGAAACAUAAGGGACAAUGAGGAAAAGGAUUCAGCAUUCCGUGGGAUUUGUACCAUGAUUACCGUCAACCCUAGUGGAGUAGUCCAAGACUUUAUAUUUUUUUGUGAUGCUGUUGCAUCAUGGAUUAGCCCAAAGGAUGAUCUCCGAGACAUGUUCUGUAAGAUCCUUCAUGGAUUUAAAAAUCAAGUGGGAGAUGAAAAUUGGAGGCGUUUCUCCGACCAGUUUCCUGUUCCUCUAAAAGAGCGCCUUGCAGCUUAUUAUGGAGUUUAAUCUCAAAUAUUCAAGCUGCAGUACCAUAAGAGGUCCUUCAGUCUGGAAGACUGGGAGGAAGCCUCUGCACCCAGGGAAAAAUGUUACCCUUUACUGGGGGGAAGGGUAAACCAGUAGGGAAUACAGUACAAUCCCAAGCCUACUGGGAGGGGCGGGAGGGAGGUGUUGCCGUCACUGUAUUAAGCCGAUGUUGGGAAAUGUUUUAACAUCUGGAGCUUUUGUGGGUGGAAAUCUGUCUCCUGUUACAAUUCUGCACUGGAUGUGAAGAUGCGCAAAAAAAGUUUGUUCACAACAGCACAUUCUGCAAUAUUAUGGGGAAUUGUACCAAAAUGAAAUUAUAAAAUAGAUCUAUAGGGGAUAUGUAAAGAGAAAAUACAUUGUGUUCAUGUGAUAAAGGAAACAGAAGAAUGGCAAUUACAGACAGUUAAUGGUAUAACAAGGGGUUUCUGCAUUGUUUCAUCUUGAUGGGAUUCCUAAGUAUUGCAUGUUGAUGAAGAACUAAACAAAUGAAGUUAGUACAGUUAAGGUGAAGCUUGCUCCCUGUAUUAGGAGUAAGCACUUGCAGUAUACAAAUUUAAAUAACCCCAUAAUGAAGUAAUAAAGGCUAAAGCAAACAAAUGAAGCAACCUGCAAGAUGCCAAAUGAGUCACUCCUUUUCAUUUUUAGUGGGGGGGGGGGAAACGGGCAUUUCAGAAGAAAGAUUAAUCUUUUUAAUUUUCCAUUUAAAGGGUAGUAGAUAUGAUUUGAUGGUUGUGCUUCAUUAGAUUUAAUUUCUAGAGUAAGGCAUAAUUCUUAAUGUGCAGUUUAAGGUUCAGGCAUGCAUUUUGGGUCAUAGUGAUCAAGCAUAUUUUUAGUGGGAAAGUUAGCAUGCUUGCAUCAAGGAGUGAGAGUGGUAAACAUUACUUACCUUGCGCCAGUUUUGUGUUGCAGUUUACCAAUUCGUGCAGUACAACCCUGCAUUUAAAAUUCCUUUAAAAUUCUGUGGAUUUUAUUUUUAUUAAGAUAUAAGUAUAAAAUACUGUAGUGACGAUUAGGCCUCAAAAUAAUUUUUAGGAUCUCUUAGGAAUAUGAUUGAUAUUGUAAUUUGUAACCUGCACAAUGUGGAAAGCAGAUAUAGCUGUGCAAAGUAUUGCCUCUGUGCUGUCAGUGUGAUGUGCUUUCUGCAUGGUUAUACUAUUAGUGAUUUUUAUCAAAUCUUCUAAAACGAGUUAUAAGGUAAGACCUGUUAAAGGUUACAUAAAUGUUAGUUGAUGCCUAAAAGACAAUUGUAGAAAAUUGAUGACAUGAUUGCUACAUUUCAGUGUUUAUUCACACCCAACAUAUUUUAUUAUUCUCUCCUCCACAAAGCAUGAUCUGAAGAGAUGCAUAAGUUAGUAUAUGUAAAGCAGGGUAUCUACACUGUCGGCGCAUGUUGGGGACCCAUUGUGUCCUAGAGAGACCACAAAAGGGUGCAGGUUAAAAGCUACAGAGUGAAUGUUCGUUUGGAUCCUUUUCAUUUCAUUUGUUUAGCUUUUCUGCUUCCCUUUUCUAUUUGCUUGUAUUUCUGUGAAUAAAUCCUUGUUAAGUUUACCUUUUACUUUUCUUUCCAUGUGUAUUUUCUUAUGUACUGUGAAUGUGAAAAUCUAACUGGUACACUUGAUUUUGUGUUACUAUAAAAGUGAAAGUGUGAUUAAUUUAGACUGCAUAAAGAGUAUCCCAUGAUGAUAAAGGAAAAAUGGAAAGACAAUAACUCUGCUGGUCAGAGAUAAAGCCACACUUUUCCAUUUUCCCUUAAGUGCUGCAAAAUUAAUCUGUGCAAAAAAAAGAAAAGAAAAGCCAUAACAACCGCCUUACAUUUUAGCUUCUCAUCUUUGCAUUGAAAAAACCAUACUGGAUAACCAUUUUGUAGGGAAUGAGUGUAUGAUUUUGAUUCUUUUUAAGGUCUAUUGUAUGAUUUAGCCAUUGCACUGAAAAUCAACCUUGUAUGUGUGAAUUUAUGAAAUCUUAUUUCAGGCUUUUUUUUUAAUGCAUGGGAGCAUGCACAAGUCCUAUACAUUCCUUUUUUUCCUUUGUAAAUUUCAUUGGGGUCAAAUAUGUUUGAAAAUGAUUUAUUACAAAAUGUCCUGUAUAAACGUCUUAUGAACAGGUUUAUGCUACUAUGCCAUUAAAACCACUGGAAUAAAAUUGCAUAUAGUCAUCUACUUUCAACUAACUUGUUGUAUUGGAAGCCAGAAUUUUCAGCUGACCUUUGCUCUAGCUUUUUCAAUCAAGGAAGUAGAUAUGAAUUCCAAAGAAAGUAAAUCUUAACAUUUAUUAAAGCCAGAACUUGCCUUUUGGCAAGAGUUUACAUUUCUAUAUGGAAUUCUAAAAGACAAAACUUUAUUUAUUUUGGCCCUUCUGUUGUUGAAUUUGAUAGUUGGCGAUAACAUUAAAGAUUAGCGCAUAGAAGCUACUUAUAUAGAGAGAUAAUUUUAUUACAUGGGUUAAUAUAAAGGGACGUGACUUUUAUUGUAAUUUAGCUGAUCUCACAGAAAAGUAACAAAGCAAUACUGCAGUUAGAAUUAACAAAUUAAGGCUUCAUAGCAAACUAUUCAUAAUGAAUAAAAUUACAGUAUACUUGCAGAAGCUGCUUGGUAUAGAAUUUGAGGUAAGGAGAAUUCUAAUACAACACUAAGUUGUAAAUCAAAUAUAUUGCAUCAUGGGAUAUAUAAAACAUCUUAAUUCUUUUUGUGUAUUGACAGUUUUGAAUGUUGAUUGAAUGUUGUUCUGUAGAAUUGUAUGUUUGUCUUUGUUACAUUCCAGUGUUCUCUGCCUCUUGGCAUGCUACAGGCACGGCUUACUAAAUCUGCUCCUUACACAGUGAAUUAAGUGCUUAGUGUGCUAAACUACAGAAAUAGCCGCUGCUAAGUGAUGUAGAUUUUCUACUUGAAUAUUUUUGUUGUAGGAACCUCAGGAGGUCAGUGUUUACUGUUUUAUAUAUGGCUUUGUUUUCGUGUUGAAGGCCCCUUUGCUUUUUGAAGGAUUCUAACAAUGAACAAAGCUGCUGAUCAACCUAAGUUGGUAACAGAAAGUAUAUUUAAAAAUAUAUAUAAAUAAAAGUGUCUCCUUUGCAGUUCAACUUGGCUAAUGUAGAAAGAGUUUUUGAUGGUUGAAUUUGUGACUAUUAAGGGAAAAAGUCUUACCUAACAUCUUUGUUGCAUUUCUUUAAAUUGAAGGGGAAUGGAUAACAUUUUGUAAGAUUUUUAUCUUCUUUUUUUCUAAGCUGGUAUGUAGAAAUCAGGUCUUUGAUCUAGAUUUCAGUGUGUAAUGGUAUUUAAUUUGAAGUACUAUACAUUUCAGAGGACACAUUUCCAAGUAAGUAUGCUUAGGACUGUAGUCUUGGUUUAUUGCCAUGCUGAAGAUGAAAUUGUGGUAACUUUCAUAAAAUACAUAGCCAAUAGAUUUUUUUAAAGUAAUGUUACUUUUGUAAUAAACAAUAUUGACACUGUGAUACUUCUUUUUCUUUAGCAUUGGCAUUGAAGUAUUUAAGCUACAUAAAUACUGUGUAAUUUAGAUUUAUACUAUUGUAAGAGGAUUUCCAAAGCUGAAAUUUCUGUUAUUUAGAUAAGAAAUAUUCAUACUAGUUUUAUCUCAGGUAAAUAAUCUUGUACCCUUUUGUUUAGAUAGAGGCUUAUUUCAUAAGAGUACCAGUUUGUUGUUCAUAUAGAACUGCCUAAUGUCUUAAACUUUCAUAUCUAAAUUGAGGUACUAUGGGACAGCAAUUACUUAUUUUAUUCAUAUUGAAUGUAUUAAUAAGGAUGUAUAACAUUCUUUUUAAGAGAUGAAUGCAUCUGUAUGAAUAGUACCCAAUAAUCACAGUAAAAGAGACUUUAUAUUGUGCAGUGCAAAGUUAUGUUCCCGAUGUAAAACAGAAGAGAUUAUGACGUGGAAUAUGUUCAUAGCUAAGUAGCCUAGGCUUUUUUGGAAUAAUGAAUGCCUAGAGAAUAAACAUGAAAAUUAUCCUUUUUUCUGAUAUAAACUACCAUAUGCCAAGCAGUAAUCUCUUAAAUUAACAUUGCUGUUUGUAUGUGAAUGAUGUACUGUGGUAAGCAUUUGGCUCUUUAGGAUAUUUUGAUUUUGAGGUGAUAAAUAGAUUAACAACUUGACAUUUUAAUACAGUUUAAUACUGCACGGAAAUUUCUGAUGUUCUUAAUUUAAAAUGUCUGCAAUUUAAAGUUAUACUCUUUAUACUUGCUUGUCAAAUCAAAUCAGUGUUUAGGCUGUCCUGACUGAAAUUUUAAUAUGGGCAUAUACAGUGCAGUUUCAUCACUAAAAGACUUGAGUGAAAGCGUAAUAGAGAAACUUUAAUGGUUAUAUUAAAGUAAUUAUUUGAUCUUAUUUUGCUGGAUAGAUGCACUUUUAAACAAGAUAGUUAAACUUCAAAUUAAUUGUAGCAUUGAUGAUAUAGUAUUUCCUUAACUUUCCCCACCUAAUAACUUGAUUCUUCUGUGACAGUUCAUUUUAGAAUCAGUACUACUUUUGUAUGUACAAUUAAAACAUUUUAGAUGGCACAUUUUUGUCUUCUUUCCCCUAAAGAUACUACACUUUUUCUCCUAAUCAACUUUGCCAUAAGGUUGUUUAUUUGAAUUGGAUUACUAACAAUAAUUAAAUAAUAAAGUAGUCAGAUCUUUCUGCUGACAACUUAGGUUGUAUGAGUUUGCUUGAAAGCAUUAAAUUGGAUGUGUUUUCCAUAUGUGUUAGAAUAUUCCCUUCAAACAUAUCCUUCAGCAACUUCUCAAACUUCAUUAAGUUGAUUUUUCUUGUCUGCCUCUGCCAACAAAGCUUCAUUUUAAACACAAUAUGGUUUCAAUUUUUGAUAAGCUGCUGAAUUCUAAAGAACUUUUGGGGCCACCAAAUAUUUUGGAUCAUGCAGAGAAUAUAUAUUGUAAUGUAGUAAUUUUGUAUUUACAUUUGUAUGAUGUGAUAAUAGAUGUGAAUGUUAAUCACUGCUUGACUAUGUUAAUAAAAUUUGUUUAAAUAGA